GGUGAUGUCUCGAUUCGCUGCUUGAGUGAGAGAGAGAGAGAGAGAGAGAGAGAGAGAGAGAGAGAGAGAGAGAGAGAGAGAGAGAGAGAGAGAGAGAGAGAGAGAGAGAGAGGUAGAGGUUGGCGGGUACAGCUGGGUACAGCCGUCCGGUUCGGAGAGAGAGUGAUGGUAAGAGCACCGCGCCGGAGGAGAGGAGAAGAGGGGGACGAGCGAGCCAGAGGAGACGACGAGAAGAGGAGAUGGUGGACGAAGGCGAGUUGAUCUUUUUUUCCUUUUUUAUUUUUUAUUUUUAUUUUUUCGUUUUUUUCUUUUUUUUUCUUUUUUUUUGGGUUGGGAGAGGAGAUGGAAGGAAGAACGACGUCGGGAGGAAGUCGGGAUGGGAAGAGAGGGUCGGAGGGUCGGGAUGGGGAUGGGGAGAGAGGGUAGGAGGGUCGGGAUGGGAAGGGGGAAGUCGGGGUGUGGGGGGGAGUCUGGAUUCGGGUCGGAAGACGGACAACGCUGGGAUAGGGGAAGGGGAAGUCGAAGUCGGGAUGGAAAGAGAGAAGGAAAUCGGGAUGGGGAGAGGGGGUCAGAGAGUCGGGAUGGGGAGGGGGAAGUCGGGAUGCGGGAUGGACGCAAGAGAGGGUCGGAGGGUCGGGAUGGGGAGGGGGAAGUCGGGAUGCGGGAUGGACGCAAGAGAGGGNAGGAGGGGUCGGAGAGUCGGAAUGGGGAGGGGGAAGUCGGGAUGCGGGAUGGGCGCAACCCGAAGACCGACGACGUCGGGAUAGCGGAGGGGGAAAUCGGGGUCGAGAAGUUGUCGGGAUGGGGAAGUCGGGAUGCGGGGGGGAGUCUGGAUUCAGGUCGGAAGACGGACGACGCUGGGAUAGGUCGGGAUGCGGGAUGGACACAAGAGAGGGUCGGAGGGUCGGGAUGGGGAGGGGGAAGUCGGGAUGCGGGGGGGAGUCUGGAUUCGGGAUGGGGAGGAGGGGUCGGAGAGUCGGAAUGGGGAGGGGGAAGUCGGGAUGCGGGAUGGGCACAACCCGAAGACCAACGACGUCGGGAUAGCGGAGGGGGAAGUCGGGAUCGAGAAGUUGUCGGGAUGGGGAAGUCGGGAUGCGGGGGGAAGUAUGGAUUCAGGCCGGAAGAUGGACGACGCUGGGAUAGGGGAAAGGGAAGUCGAAGUCGGGAUGGAAAGAGAGGAGGAAGUCGGGAUGGGGAGAGGGGGUCGGAGAGUCGGGAUGGGGAGGGGGAAGUCGGGAUGGGGAGGGGGAAGUCGGGAUGCGGGAUGGACGCAAGAGAGGGUCGGAGGGUCGGGAUGGGGAAGGGGUCGGGAUGCGGGGGGGAGUCUGGAUUCGGGAUGGGGAGGAGGGGUCAGAGAGUCGGAAUGGGAGGGGGAAGUUGGGAUGCAGGAUGGGCGCGACCCGAAGACCGACGACGUCGGGAUAGCGGAAGGGGAAGUCGGGAUCGAGAAGUUGUCGGGAUGGGGGCGACAAGGGCGAAGGCGGCAACGGAGUCGGGAUGGGGAGGGACAUGUCCGGAGGUCGGGAUAGCGAGGGGAGGAGGUCGGGAUGGGGAGAGAGGAUCGGAGGGUCGGGAUGGGGAGCGGGAAGUGGGGAUGCGGGAUGGGCGCAACCCGAAGACCAACGACGUCGGGAUAACGGAAGGGGAAGUCGGGAUCGAGAACUUGAAGUUGUCGGGAUGGCGGCGACAAGGGCAAAGGGGGCGACGGAAUCGGGAUGGGGAGGGACAGGUCCGGACGUCGGGAUAGCGAGGGGAGGAGGUCGGGAUGGGGAGAGAGGAUCGGAGGGUCGGGAUGGGGAG